GUACUUAAUUCUGUCAGUUUAACUGUAGUGCUGGAACCGGAUUCUUCCGACCUGACCGGACACCUUAAAAGAUGUCCCGGAUUUUGAUCGUUGGAGCAGGCUUGACAGGCAGCUUGUGCGCAUAUCUGUUGAAGAGAAUGCUGCAGAGUAAAGCUCAGCUGGUGGUGUGGGACAAGGCAAGGGGUGCAGGGGGUAGGAUGUCUACCAGCCGUCCUCCUGACCCUACAUCUCAUUCCGCUGACCUUGGAGCCCAGUACAUUACAGCCACUGCUGCAUACGCUCAGUCCCACAGCAAUUUUUAUACAGAGUUGCUAUCAGCUGGCCUACUUAAGCCACUGGACUGUCACAUUGAAGGUCUGCAGCAUAAAGAGGGAAACAAGAAUUAUGUAACACCACUGGGGACAAGCAGUGUGGUGAAACACUUCCUGUCUGAGUCAGGAGCUGAUGUGCACCUCGAAUAUCAUGUGACUGGCCUACACCGCUGUGGAGCAUCAUGGAAAGUGGAGAGGAAGGGAGGCAAUGAGAAAUUUGACACUGUUGUCUUGACGAUUCCUGUGCCUCAGAUCCUUCAGCUGCAGGGAGACCUGGGGACCUUACUGUCUGUCCAGCAAACAGAGCAGUUGGAGGGUGUCAGGUACUCAUCCCGCUUCGCUAUUGCACUCUUCUUCUCUCCGGACGUUGUCUUCAGUUUUUCCUGGGGAGCGCGGUACGUCAUUGACAGCCACUGCAUCCGCUACAUCGCUGUGGACAACAAGAAACGCAGCUCAGAUGCUCCAGGUCUCGGUCCAUCCCUUGUCAUCCACACCAGCGUUCCGUUUGGUCUGGCGCACUUGGAGAAUGACAAGGAUGCCAUCCAGCCAAUCAUCUUGCAGGAGCUCCACAGGCUGCUCCCUGACCUCCCUCAGCCAGUCAGCAUCAAGUUUCAGAAGUGGAGAUACUCCCAGGUGAGUGCUGACCUCAGUGCCCAAUUGUCCAGGCCACAUGACUAUCUCGGAGCAGCCGCUGCUCAUAUGUGGAGGAGAUGCUUUCACCCACUCCAACUUUGAUGGCUGUGUGGAAUCUGCACUGAGUGUGUGCAAAGCACUGCAGCUCUCACUAGAUGUCCAGCAGAACAUUUGCCUCUAAUUUGCACACUUAUCCAUAUAUUAACCUAUUGACUGGGGUCAUUUGCCUAAAUGCAUCAAGUGAUUCAAAGAUAAAACCAAAUAUGUCUUAGUUUUUCAAAGAAUAAAUGAUUGUUAUUAAAAACUUCUCUCCACACUAA